AUGUGCGAUGAUGAUGAAAGCACUGCCCUUGUAUGUGACAACGGUUCUGGGCUUUGCAAAGCUGGGUUUGCAGGAGAUGAUGCCCCAAGAGCUGUAUUUCCAUCCAUUGUCGGACGUCCUCGACAUCAGGGUGUUAUGGUUGGAAUGGGUCAAAAAGACAGCUACGUAGGGGACGAAGCGCAAAGUAAAAGAGGGAUCCUGACGCUGAAAUAUCCCAUUGAGCACGGCAUCAUCACUAACUGGGAUGACAUGGAAAAGAUUUGGCAUCAUUCUUUCUAUAACGAACUCCGGGUUGCGCCGGAGGAACACCCCGUCCUGCUGACCGAGGCCCCCUUGAACCCCAAGGCCAACCGCGAAAAAAUGACUCAGGUAACCGUCUGAGCGCUGUG